CCAGCGUCAAUCACCUUUUGUUUUGGUCUAUCGCCGCAAAACGAACGGGACAAGUGAACGAAAGAAUCGUGUCUACCGCGACAAAAACAAGACCAAAAAAAACGUCAAAUAUGCGUCUCUCCCUAGCAGCCUCAGCGGCGCCGCUAGUGGCCAUGGUCGUAGCCACCGCCAACUUCACGGAGGAAACUCCUGCCCUGCAAUCGCCUACAGUACCUAUUUCGCUUUCAAGCCUGCUGUCAAAUUCCCAGCCUACUCCGGUUGAUGGCCCGGUGGACUCUGCCUAUUCUUCCCUUCCGUCCGAAGUCGCGGUUACAAACUCACCAGUCGUGUCUUCCUCGUCAUCGGCAGAGGCUCAUGACACGUCUCCUGCAGCGACACCCUCGACAGCAUCCUCCCGCAUUGGGACUAACGGUUUGAACGGGAUUCUCGGCUCCACGAGUAGCAAGGUUGGGGGUCCGCUAGGGGACUUGCUUGCGGGCAUCGCUGGUCUUUUGGACCCUUCUCUGCUCCUUUAUGUGGAAAAAACCGUUAAAUAUCUUUCAAUUGUCCUAUCCCCUCCGGUUGACAGCCAGCUGAGGACGCUGGUAGCCAAUGCCGACGCCCUCCUGACCUCACAGUUUGUUGGCGAGGUGAACAGUCUUAUCAGCAAUGCCAAUACGCUGUUGACACUUCCGAAUACGAAGGUUAUUACAUCGCUCUUGACAAAUGCCGACGAUCUCUUAACUCCGGGCUUCGUCAAGAACGCAGGCGACUUGAUCAAUAUUGCGGGUCCUCUUAUUACGGAAGUCGGAGGAUUACUCACUCCUGGCACUAUCGGGGGUAUUGAAGCCCUUUUGGCCAAUGCCACCAGCCUUUUGACGCCUACCUUCGUCAAGAACGCAGGCGACUUGAUCAAUAGUGCGGGUCCUCUUAUUACGGAAGUCAGAGGAUUACUCAGCUCUGCCAAUAUCAAAGAUAUUGAAGCCCUUUUGGCCAGUGCCACCAGCCUUUUGACCCCAACCUUCGUCAAGAACGCAGGCGACUUGAUCAAUAGUGCGGGUCCUCUUAUUACGGAAGUCGGAGGAUUACUCACUCCUGGCACUAUCGGCGAUAUUGAAGCCCUUUUGGCCAAUGCCACCAGCCUUUUGACCCCUACCUUCGUCAAGAACGCAGGCGACUUGAUCAAUAGUGCGGGUCCUCUUAUUACGGAAGUCGGAGGAUUACUCAGUCCUGCCAAUAUCAAAGGCAUUGAAGCCCUUCUGGCCAAUGCCAACAGCCUUUUGACCCCAACCUUCGUCAAGAACGCAGGCGACUUGAUCAAUAGUGCGGGUCCUCUUAUUACGGAAGUCGGAGGAUUACUCAGCUCUGUCAAUAUGAAAGACAUUGAAGCACUUUUGGUCAAUGCCAACAACCUCUUGACCCCUGACUUUGUCAAGGACAUUCAAGGCCUUAUUGUGCAGGCUGUGCCCCUUAUCAAUAAUGCAGGCCCAGUUCUCAUAGAGGCGAAGGCCCUCCUCACACAAGGAAAUGUGCAGGAGAUCACUGCAAUUCUGGGCAACGCCAAUUCUCUGUUGUCACCGGACUUCGUCAGCAAUACCAAGUCAUUGAUUCUUGACGCUGCCCCGUUUAUCAAGGACUUGACUUCGUUGUUGACUCCCGCAGUCCUCCAGGGGAUCCCUGGACUGCUUACCAACGCUAUCGACCUGUUGACUCCCGCUUUCGUCAACGGGACUGCGGGUCUUAUCAAGAGAGCCGGUGAUCUUCUGAGUCCUGAGACCGUCAGCACUUUGCAGGACUUGCUCACUCAGAUCCUUCCGCUGAUACCCGAACUCAAGUCGCUAUUGACGCCAGCCACCAUUACGAACCUUGGAUCCCUCCUCACUAAUGCCAGUGACUUGCUGACCCCUGCCUUUGUUAAGGAGGCUGCCCAACUUAUUAGCAACGCAGUGACACUUCUGUCACCCGAGUUAGUUACCCAGAUUGAUCAACUGUUACCUAAUGCAGUUAACUUGUUGACUGCGGAUUUUACUACUAAGACCGGUGGUCUCAUUCGGAAUGCGUAUGAUCUGCUCACGCCUCAAUUCGUCAACGAUACUUCUCACAUUAUUACGGAUGUUUCACCCCUUAUCACUCCUGGCCUUGUGGGAGAUAUUGGCGGUCUCUUGCUUAAUGCCAAGGAUUUGCUUACUGCUGGCUUUGUUAAGAACACAACAGCCAUUAUUACAGAUGUGGCCGGAUUGCUAUCCAUUCUGUCGAGUAUACUGCAAGUACUGAUUAAUUAG